AUGGCGGAUUCCGUUCAUGGGAAAGGGGAUCUGAUUAAUAGAGGAACUUACAGAUUAACACGAAAAAUAGGAAGUGGCUCAUUUGGGACAAUUUAUCUUGGAAUUAACACAAAAACAGGCGAAGAAGUAGCUGUUAAAGUAGAAACCAAUCAAAUUAAACACCCUCAAUUAUUCUAUGAAAGUAAAUUAUAUCAAACUUUCAGUGGUGGCACUGGAAUUCCUCGCAUGAGGUAUUUCGGACGCGAAGGUGAUAACUGCUAUCUCGUUAUCGAUCUUCUCGGACCUAGUCUUGAGGAUUUAUUUUUGUACUGUUCGAGACAUUUCACCACAAAAACUGUACUCAUGUUAGCAGAUCAGAUGAUAUCCCGGGUAGAAUUUUUGCACUCUAAAUGCUACCUCCAUCGUGAUAUCAAACCCGACAAUUUCCUUAUGGGGAUGGGUCGUCAGUGCAAUCGAGUCUUUAUAAUUGAUUUUGGACUUGCAAAGAAAUAUAUGUGUACUAAAGCCAAGAAGCACAUCCCUUACAGAGAUAACAAAAACCUGACUGGGACUGCCCGUUAUGCGAGUGUGAAUACACAUCUUGGAAUUGAACAAUCUCGUCGAGAUGAUUUAGAGGCUCUGGGUUAUGUUUUGAUGUAUUUCAGUCGCGGCAGCUUGCCUUGGCAAGGUCUAAAGGCAAACACGAAACGUCAGAAGUAUGAAAGAAUCCGUGAUAAGAAAAUGGAUACACCACCUGAAGUUCUUUGUAAAGGGUUUCCGUCAGAGUUUGCAACUUACCUCAAUUAUUGCAAAAAUUUACGCUUUGAUGAGGCCCCCGACUAUUGUUACCUUCGUCAACUAUUUCGAACUCUCUUUCGUGAUUUUGGCCACAAAAUGGACUAUGUAUUUGAUUGGCAUCUACUCAGACGUCGUUCUUCCGGCAAUGGCACUUCUUCAAGUGAUGAGGUGACUGUGAGUAAUGUCGGUCACAACGUGCUACGUCGACGCGACCCAACAAAACACACCUCUCUUAUUCCAGCAAAACUAGGUCGUGUUUCGAAUUCUGUAGGUAAUCAGCAGCAGCUUAACCACCGUAGUGGUAAAACAUCUGGCGAUGCCUGGUAA